CCUCACACCAAGAAUAAGAUCAUUUGACCAACCUACAACAACAACAACAAACCUCAACAACACAAUAUGUCUUCUCAGCAGCCUACCACCUCUCAAGGCGGCCCCAAGGCCACCGGCGGCAUGUCUGGGGCCACCCCCACUCCCGCAAACGCCCACCUCGGGAAUGAGACUGGCGAGAAGCCCAAGGCUUUUGACUCUGAAGGUGCUAUUGGCAAGCAGUUCACUGCGACCGGCGCAAUCGGCCAAAUCGGCGAGGCAGUUGGCGGCCCUCUCUCCUCCUCCGGUGUGAUUGGCAAGCAGUUCACCGACCAAGGCGCCAUUGGCGGUACUGUUCAGGACACUCUUGGUGGUAAAAAUUAAAGCGGGACAGGUAUCUCCAAGUUGGACUAGAUCUAUAGAACAGAACUGGAAGAGAAGGAGUAAAUGGGGGUGGGUGCCUUGAUCCCGUGAAGGGACGGGGUUGUAACAUUAUUAUG